CUUGGAGGAAUCUUAAUGGGGCGGGAGCAGAAGGAGAUUCACAAGUGGUCCUUGCUUCUACAGGAAUUAGCAUGAGAUUAGGAGGAAGAAUGUCCCAAGGGACGCAUGAGGGACAGUUACUGCCCCAGAGAAAUCACUCGUCACUGGGUGGGAGCUCUUGGCCAAAUAGUUAAAACAACAGCUCCCCUCACUGUUUCUGUAUCAGGGGAGCAAUUCCACUAAAUAAAGUACAAGACCACUAGAUAGCUCGUACUAACUAACUUUCCUUCCUCUUAAGAGUAUACACGGUGGGAUAUGCCAAGAUAUCAAAAUAAAAUGUGUGAGUGUGAUUUAAACCGUGGAAUAUCAACUGUAUUCUGGAUGUGUUCGUAUCAAAUAUUUAGGUGUCGUUUUAAAUAUUUACAUUUUAGCAAGACCUUUAAGAACAACUCUUAAUCCAUUUUAAAGUAAGAAUUGUUUGCCAGACUUCCUGGCGAAUAGUUCUUUCAACUGUGAAGUUAUAAUGUGUAUAUAUAUUUGUAUAUUUAUAAAUAUUAUAUAUAUGCAUAUAUCCUUCAUUUUAAAGGUACAUUGUACAGUCUGUAGUUUAGCAUGUAUAGUCUGUAGCCUAUAGUCUCUGUUAGAUGGUUGAUUCUUUUUGUAGAAAGUCAAAUCACAAAUGUUACAGAGUUUUUUGUUAGUUUUGUUUUCGUUUUCUAAUUUUUUGAAUAUUGCAUGAGUAAUUAAUUACGUACUUUUGUAUUCAUUUCUGCAUUUUAUUUUCACUCAGAGGGGGUGCCUUUAGUCUCGUGGCAUUUGUAUCCAUCACUCUUUCGAUCAUGUAAGUUAAAAUAAAAAUUAUUUUUGAAUUGUUACUCUUAUGCACAGAGUCUGCUCUGUUUUUCACAUGCCGUUCUUAACCUGGCGUUUCUAUAGCACAGGGCGCCUCAUUUCGCAACUUGAAUUUCUCAUCUUGAAAUUCCUUCACUUGUAAAUGAAGAUAAUAAUGUUUACUUCUCAAUGUGUUGUAAAGCUAAUUGGAGGAAAAGAGCUGUGUUUCAGAAUUGUGGUAUCUGUGAGCAGAGACCACGAGCCCCUUGAGGAUGCUAAGAGCCUUCAUUUGUGUGUUCCCAGCCCACACCCCACCCGUGUCAUCACAGAGGAGCCCCCAGCAUUCAGCUGGGAGAGUAUUCACCCACUGACGCUAUUAAAUACCAGUGAUUCCUUUGAGUCAGCAGGAAAAAUUUUCUCCUACAAGGAAGGUUUAUUGCUAUACUGUUUAACUGAAUUGUCUUCCUUAACUUUACAAGAUGGUAAAGGAAAACCGUAAACCCCAACUCGGCAGAAAACACCAGCCCUUCUUACUGUAUUCAAAAAGAAAAUUAGUCAAAUAGAAAGAGAAAUAUUUUUAUCCCUGAAAUUUUCCUGGAGAUAAUAUCUCUUAUUAAUAUUCUCUUGAUUUUGAGAAAUUCUAAGUAUGCUUUGUGUGAGAAACAAAUUGUUUGCUACAAACCUGAUCUCUAACUUCUCAUUUAUUCAACAAGUUUUGUGUGUUUGUUUACUUGCAUACUUACUAUGAAUAAGGUAUAUACUGGGGACUGUUCUUUUUUUUUUUAAUUUUUUUAAUGUUUAUUUAUUUUUGAGCAAGAGAGACAGAGCACGAGUCGGGGAGGGGUAGAGAGAGAGGGAGACACAGAAUUUGAAUCAGGGUCCAGGCUCUGAGCUGUCAGCACAGAGCCCAACGCGGGGCUCAAACCCAUGAAUGGUGAGACCAUGACCUGAGCCGAAGUCAGCCAUUUAACCGACUGAGCCACCCAGGCGCCCCCUGGGGACUGUUCUUGACACUGCAGAUACAGCAGUGAAGAGAAAACAAAAAAAAAUCUCUGCCCUCACAGGGCUCAUAUUCUGGUGAAGGAAAGACAGGGAAGGCGAUCAUAAUUGCACAAGGUUGGGGAAAGGAGAAGUGACAUGGCAAAGGUCACAAGUUUGAAGAGGGUGUUCGAGGAAGGCCUAAUAGAAAAUUACAUUUGAGCAACGACUUGAGGAACUGAGGGGUGAACCACGUGAAUAUCCCCAGGAAGAAGAGGUAACAAUAAGUACAAUGGCCUUGAAGAGGAGCCAUGCUUGGGGUUUUAGAUUUUACUAGCAGGCACAGUUUAUUUUUAAUCUUUUUUCUAAUAGAUUUUAAAAAGUAAAAAUAAUAGGGGAAGUUAACUUUAAUAAUACAUUUUGGGGGGCGUCUAGGUGUUGGUUAAGCAACCAACUCUUGAUUUUGGCUCAGGUCAGGAUCUCACGGUUGGUGAGUUUGAGCCCCUGCACUGGGCUCUACACCGAUGAUGCAGUCUGCUUGAGAUUCUCUCUCUCUCUCCCUUUCUCUCUGCCCCUUCCCCUAUGACAUCAUGACCUGAGCCAAAAUCAAGAGUUGGACACUUAACUGAGCCACCCAGGCACCUUCAUUCUUUUUAUUUUUUUCUCAUACUAAGUCUUCGAAAUCCAGUAUGUAGUUUAUACUUACAGCACAGCUCAAUUCAGAUUAGUCACAUUCACGUGCUCCAAAGCUACAUGUGGCUGCCGUGCUGGCCAACACAUGUCCAUGAUUCCCAGUUGUCCCACUAAUAAUCCUUUAUAGCCUUCACAUGCAUAUGCACGUGCUCGCAUACCCACAUGCACAGGUGCUCACAUACACGCAUGCACACGCAUAUGGAUACAGGGUUCCAACCAUGGAUUACAUGUUUAGUUGUCAUGUCUCUUUAAGGCUCUUCUCACUUACAACAGUAGUCACUCCCCCUUUCCUGAGCUUCCGUAUCUUGAUAUAUUUGAAGAGUAUAGGCAGGUACACUUUGUAGAAGGCAAGAGAAGAACUGUAGGGCAGUCUCCUUGAGUGGGACAAGUCGUGAAAUGUACUGUAGGAAUGGAGAGGGACCCGCCGUCCAAAUUUCUACGUUGACAGUAGAGCCUUGUCGAUAAGUUGGAAAUGAGAUGCGAGACCAAUAAAAGCCAAGGAUAAAUCCAAAAAUUUCAACCUGAACCGCUGGAAGGAUCGGGGUGCCCUCUUCCGAGACAGAGAACCUGAGCAGCAGCUGGCUUAGGAAAUGCACGAAUUCUGAUUUGGACAUGUUAUAUUUGAGAAGCCACGUAGACAUCCAAAUGGAUGGCUGUCAAGUUGGUGACUGAAUGUGUUUGGAGUCCAGGUGAGAAAUCUAGUUAAGAAUACAAAACUGGGGAGGGGGGCGCCUGGCUGCCUCAGUUGGUGGAAGCGUGUGACUCUUAAUCUCAGGGCUGUGAGUUCAAGCCCCAUGUUGGGUGUAGAGAUUACUCAAAAAAUAAAAUGUUAAAUAUGAGACGCCUGGGUGACUCAGUCGGUUGAGCAUCUGACUCUCGAUCUCGGCUCAGGUCAUGAUCUAAUGUUCAUGAGUUUGAGCCCCACCUCGGGCCCUGAGCUGACAGCAUGGAGCCUGCUUGGAAUUCACUCUCCCUCUCUCACUGCCCCUACCCUAUUCAUUCUCUCUCUCUCUCUCUCUCUCUCUCAAAAUAAAUAAAUAAAAUUUUUUAAAUGAAAUAUUAAAAUAUAUUUGUGUGUGUGUGACGGAACAGUCUUGGAACACCCCAAUAUUUGGAGGUCAUAGAGAGAAGAGGAACCAGCAAAGGAAAACGGAGGGUGGCAAGCAAGAGAAAAAUCAAGUGUGACAUCUUAGAAGCUAUUCGCUAGGUGAAUUGAGUGUUUCAAGGAAAAAGGAGUAUCCAGUGCUGAGGACUGAGAAUUGGACUCAGCAGAAUGAAGGUCAUCGGUGAGCCUGAAGAUUCAUGGGUUUGAAAUCCAUCUUUGGAGUACAUCCAAGAGACAGUGGAAGAAUAUUUGAAACACUAAGUAUGGCAACUCUUUGAAAAGUUUUUGGCGCCUGGGUGGCUCAGUCGGUUGAGCAUCUGACUUCAGCUCAGGUCAUGAUCUCACAGUUCAUGGGUUCGAGCCCUGUGUCAGGCUCUGUGCUGAUGGCUCAGAGCCUGGAGCCUGCUUCGGAUUCUGUGUCUCCCUCUCUCUCUGCCCCUCCCCUGGUCACGCUCUGUCUCUCUCUCAAAAAUAAACAUUUAAAAAAGAAAAGUUUUUGUAUAAACAGGAACAGAGCAAUAACUUGGCAGAGGGGUUCUAUGAGGUCAAGAGAGUGUUUUAUUUUUUUGAGAACAAGUACAGCCUGCUUGUUGAUGUGAAAAGGAUCCAGUCAACAUGGAAAACUUAGUUAAGGCAAGAGAAGAACUGUAGGGCAAUCUCCUUGAGUGGGACAAGUCACGAAAUGUCCUGCAGGAAUGGAGAGGGGUCCAUAACAACAGGACAGUUGGAGUAUAUGUGCACGGAUGGAGAUAGGUGGACGCAAUGAAGGCAACCAUGCCUUCCACUGACUGCUUCUAUUUUCUCAGCAAAAUAGGACCAACAUAGGAAAUCCAUGAUGUGGAGGAAAACUCUGAUUCCGUGACAAAUAAGCAGAAUAGCCACAAUGCUAUGAAAGGAAAUUCAGGAUGUGUUGGAAUAAGCCACGUAGAACAGGCAAGUUCCCGUAGAUCCUGUGCAAGCAAAGGGACAAGGGCGGGAACACUCCUGGCGUAUGUGAGGAGAAGCCAGUGUGGUCGACGCUGAGAUUCCGUGCACCAGAGGCGUAUAAGUGAACUUGAUUUGACUGAAAUUGUAGAAGGCCUUCGAUGGUGGCCUGAAGAAUUUAGGCCUCCAUUGCUUGCCCCUGAUUUGUGUAUUCCAUUCUCCAGUGUCGCUAAGAGAUGCAUUCCAGAGUUCUAGACUGUUGACUUCAACUGCCACAACACAAGGAUAACUGAAGCACCACUGGCCUUUUUCAUACGAUGUCUAAGGCACAUACUUAUUAUGUGCAAUUUUCAACUCAGAUCUACCAGUAUUUUGUGGGGCUGUAUCAGCGCCUCCAGAAGUUCUGGAAUGUCACUGUUAGGCGCUUUUUCAUUAAGAAGAAGGAAGAAGAUAUCCCUUCGGUUGAGAGUAUUUUUCACAAAGAAAAAUUCGUGGUGCUUGGUCGUGUAUUGAAGAAUCAAUCUCUAGCCAUUGAGAAGAGGGCUCAGGCUGCAUAUAGAAUCGGACUGUUGGCCUUCACAGGAGGACCCACGGCUGGGAAAUACGCCACUGAGCACAUCAAAGAAGUGGCCAGUUUGUUGCAAAAUCACCAGCUGGCGCCGAAAGUAAAGAUUCUGCUGCUCCAGAGUAUAGCCUGCUGGUGUUACUUAAAUCCUACCAGCCAGAGGAAAGCCAAGAAUUUCAAGUUUACCCCUAUCCUCGUGAGGAUUUUUGAGUACAGAGUCGAUUCUGUCAUCAAAACUGAAAUCAACAAACACCUCCUUGUUAAAUUUUGGGCUUGCUACGUUCUCUCUGUCAUGACCUGCAAUAAUGUGUCCUGCGUAAAGGAGCUUAGAGACUUAGGUAAUCUGAAAUAUCAUUUGCAAAUACUGGCGGCUGAGAAUUGGUCUGGGUGGCCUGAGAAUUUUGCAGAGGUGCUAUAUUUCCUCAUUGGUUUUCACAGGAAUUAAUUUCUCUAAGGGCAGCUACCGUUGCAUUAACCCGGAAAACUGAAAUAAACAAUAACAAGUCGA